AUGGAAGAAUCAAAUCAUGCGUGGCAAGCAGCAGCACCUUCGGCGGCGGCUGCUGCAGGAUCGCCUGCUGCUGUUGAUCCUGCUGCUGCUGCUGCGCCCUCCGCUGCUGCUGCGGAGGAAGAGCCUUCUGCAGAUGCUCCUGGAGCAGCAGCAGCAAAGUCAAGUCCCCGCAUGCAGACGCGAGGCAGCAACUCACGGAAGUCUCCAGCUGCAUACCUCCCCCGCAGCAGCCGACGCAGCAGCAGCAGCAGCAGCAGCAGCCGCAGAGACGUCCGACGCCGCGGCGGCCGCAACAGCAGCAGCAGCCGCAGCAGCUUAGUCAAGCGCUCGCCGUCUCUAGGGGGCGUUCUCCCUUCUCCCGCAGCAGACGUUGGGCCUGUCUCACCUCAUGGCACCUCAGCAGCAGCAGCAGCAGCAGCAACAGCAGCAGCAGCAGCAGAGCAGCGGAGCAUAAAAGUGCAGCAACGAGUUGCUGCUGCUCAACUCUUUUGGUGCCGCAUCGCUGAAGAACUCGCGGAGGCCCCUGGCAAGUGCGACGUCUGCGGGGGCGCGGAGUCAACAGAAGAAAACGCAAUCUUAUUUUGCGAUGCUUGCGAUGUGCCCGUCCACCUUCACUGCUACGGGCUCGACUCGGUGCCCCCAGGAGACUGGUAUUGUGACUUCUGCCUGGACGCGCUUGAGCAGGAGGCAGCAGCAGCUGCAGCAGCAGCAGCAGAAGCAGCAGCAGAUGCAGCAACAGAGGCAACAGCAAGCGCUCCUGCGGGGCCUUCAGCGGAAGAUAACUGCGCUGGAGGCGAGACCAUUGCUGCCAACAGCAGCAGCAUUAAGCGCAGCAGCAGACGAAGCAGGAACAGCAGCAGCAGCAGCAGCAGCAGCAGCAGCAAGAACCCCCACGCACAAGAGGAUGCCCAGGUUCUCUUCCCUCGUUGGUGCUGCUUAUGCCCUAGACGGUCGGGAGCCCUAAUCAGAGCUUUAGAAGGGCCUUGGGUGCAUGCUUCGUGCGCACUGUGGCUCCCGGAGGUAGAAACAGUUCCUGCAGCAGCAGCCGCAGCAGCAGCAGUGUCUCCUUUGAGUCCCACUGCGAAAUCCGCUGCUGCUGCUGCUGCUGCUGCUGCUGCUGGCGGCACCUCUCCGCGGGCCGCCGAAGACCCCCCACAAGACCGGGGCAAGCACAGCAGCAACAGCAGCAACAGCAGCAACAGCAGCAACAGCGGAGUUCCCGCCCCUUCGCCUCCCCUCGGCAGCUCCGGCGGCCGCGCACCUGCCUGUCACAGCCCGUGCGCUGGCAGCAGCAGCAGCAGCAGCAGCAGCAGCAGCAGCAGCGGGAGAUUGCGGGUUGCCGGCUGCGGUGGCGUGAGCGACGAGAGGUUUGAGGGCCGCUGCGCACUUUGCUGCUGGACUGGAGGCGCGCUGCUGCAGUGUGUUGCUGCUGGCUGCAGCAACAAGAUACACCCAGUUUGCUGCCGGCUUUUUGCAUGCGGGCCGGAUCUGUGCACCCAAUCAGAGAAGCUGCUGCAGGGCCGCAGGGAAACUCUCGUAGCGCUGUGCCCGGAACACGAGCACUUACACACAGAACUUCGCGAGGCUGAAGAUACACCUCAGGGCGCCUUGAGGCUGCACCCGGUGUCUCAGCUGUGGCAGCUGCUGAAGCGAUCUGGAGAUGCGCUGCAGGUUCGUGCUGCAGUUGCUGCUGCAGUCGCUGCUGCAGCUGCUGCAUCAGUUGCUGCUGCACUUUCUGCUGCACUUGCUGCUGGCUGCUGCUACACUUGCUGCUGCGUUCGCUGCUACUGA